GUGCGUAAAAAAAAAGGCGCGUUCACCGACACCCGGAUGACUGGGCGGCGCGCGCAUCCAACCGAGCCAGCAGCGGGGAUGGACGUGACGUGUUCGGCGAUGGCUUCACGCAUCACAGACACUUCGCCCGAAUCAAGACGAGCUGCAAAAGCCACGAUCUCCAGAUGUCCGGGAGGAAAACACCCCCACCCACGACGCAGUGACUCACGGCUCUAAAGUAGCCGAAUAAGCGGUCGCCGGUGCGGACGGGGGGAUUCCUGCGGGGGCUCGCUGCUACUUAAAGCCGAGCCAAGUGCGGCUUUUAUGGGCAAGGGAGGCGUUGAGCUGGAGCCGACACAAGCUGGCCGCACGUGGAUAACAUAAAAGUACCUCACUCUUCCACUCCACAGCAAACCCACUCAAUUUACUCCAGAAACACCACUUUUAUUGACAAAAAAAAAAAGUACUUUUAAUUGAAGAUUGUCCGGCAGGAAGAUGCGUCAAAUGCACUUUGUCAUGUUCUCCGCUCUUGUUAGCUUGGCCACAGGAUUUCCCAGCAGACACACAAAUGCUGCUCACAAGGGUCACGGCCACCCGGUCCAGAGCGUCGGGAUCCAGUAUGACGCCGGCGACUUGGAGAGGCAGAACCAGGUGCAAAGUAUGCCGGAGCCCCACAGCCAUCAGAGAAUGUGGCCCCACCUUCAGCACCGCUCCGUGGGCGUACUUCCUCAGCCCGAACCCGAGGAAGAAACCAAACCCUUCAUCCUGGAUUUGAAGAACUUUCCAGACCUGGCAAAUGCGGAUGUGAACUCUCAAAACCCCAACAUUCAGGUCACAAUUGAGGUUGUGGACGACCCUCAGAUGGAGGUGGAGAUGGACCUGGCCAAGGACAACGAGUGGAUACCAGUAUCUUCCUCUUCUUCCUCAGUGGAAUGGCUCGGAGGAAAGAAGCUUUUCUGGCCGCUUUUCUGGAGCUACACAGAUUCAAGUGAGGACAGCAGCAGCAGCCGGUCGGCCAUGGAGGAAACCGGUGAAGAAGAGGAGGAAGAUUAUUCGCUAGAUUACGGUAGCGAGGAGUCCUUACUCAGCGGAGUGGGCGGAGAUUGGGACAGCCAAUGGAACGAAGGCUGGGAUCCAAUACAGACCUACUAUGAGAAGGACACCGACGAGUGGACUCCGUGGUCGCCCUGUUCGGUCACAUGCGGACCCGGCGAGAGGAAGAGGACUAAGUCGUGCGGCUACUCGUGCACGCUGACCGAGGCCUCAAAGUGUGACCUGGAGCCUUGUCCUGGGGAAGUCAACACAGUGGCCGAGCCUUUGCCUUUUGACAUGGAGAAUGGCACCGAGCCUUUUGGAACAGAUGUGGACAGCUGCGAAAAGUGGCUCAACUGUAAGAGCGACUUCCUGCAGCGAUACCUCCACCUGGCGUUCCUGGAGCUGCCCAACUGCCCUUGCUCCUUCCCCUCCGAGGUGGCGUACACCGUGGUGAGCCUCUACGAUGACACCCACCACCGCGCCUUCCGAUGGCGGGACGCCAGCGGCCCCAAGGAGCGCCUGGACAUCUACAAGCCGUCGGCCCGCGGCUGCGUCCGCUCGGCGCUCUCCGGCGACUCGUCGACGCUCGCCGCGCAGCACUGUUGCUACGACGACCGCGGCCGACUCAUCACGCGGGGGAAAGGCGCCGGCAUGCCCGACCUCAUCAGCACCGAGUUCUCGCCCGAGCUGCACUUCAAGGUGGACGUGCUCCCCUGGAUCCUGUGCAAGGGGGACUGGAGCCGCUUCCACGCCGUGAGGCCGCCCAAUAACGGCCUGAGCUGUCCCCAGAACCCCCAUGAAGACGUGUUCAUGAACGAACUGGAGGAGGCCCGGGAGUACUGACCAGGCCCUCUGUAGGAACCAUGUACUGUUUGUCUAAAGCAUGCGGCAGCCAUUUAUCACGCGUUACCAAGAGAAAACCUUCCCAACGUCCUCGUAGCAGCCUCAACUGAAGGAACUGAACGGCACGAAAAAAACAUCCGGGUUGGUCCAUCGCUUGGCAACCAGCUUCAAUUCUGUACCACGGACUUGACACGAGAGGAUGCGGAGAUCCCAGCUGGUCACGACGACGACAACGCUGCUACACCGAAACAUCGUUCAGGUGAAAAACACCCCUCCACAUUUGACCUAACUCACAAUAACGUGCUCGGUUUCGAACGACGUCAGGUCCAGAACGAUAAGCUAAAGGCUGUGCUGGAACAGCUUCCAGGCAGUGACGGUGUUUGAUUCCAGAUCCGUUUCCGCAUUCGGAGAAAACAUGACGUGGGUGCCAAAGAGUCGAGAAUCAGUGUUGGUGCCUGUGUACAUUCUGCCUCUUUGAAGGGGAAUGUUGCCUCUCAUUCACAAUCCUUCGGUGAGUUAAGAACACUUUCUUUUAUCUCGGCCUUCUAAAUAGUUAACAUCUGCUAGCAAGAGGCAGCUAACUAUGCAGGCACUGGGGAGUCAUCUAAAAAGAAAGUAAAAAAAAACUUAAACAGCACUCCAUUUACCUUUUGUUACCUGCAAAUUAACCAAGUGACAUUGUUAUCGAAGGAGCUAACGCAGAGGAACUACUUGUUUGGUGUUUUGUAACACAGCACCUUGCUCAGAGGGUAAGCUCGCCGACGAACUGCUGCUGUUAGCUAGAUAACGCACCUCUAUAGUAGAAGAUUGUAGCCAUAAACCCAAAAAGAACUUUGAAGUUCCUCACAUUGCCAACUAAAAUGCUGACUAAAACCAUAGUGGUGUGAAUGUUUGGGCAACCAACAGUUCGAUCCGAUUCUGAUUCCUGAGGUGACCAUUCGAUUUACAAUCGAGUCUCGAUUCAAAUUGUUUUAUGCAAUGUGCUAUUUGGUAUAAAAAAAUGAUGAGACUUUUUCAAAACAGGCUGCAGGUUAGAAAAGCUCCUUCUGGUUUAAAAAGAUUGGCCUAAAAACGUAUUUUUAAAAAUGUAUUCUUAUUUAAAAAAUGUUUUAUCAUAUAUAUGUAUUAUUUUUAUAUAGAGUUUUAAAAAUUAUGAAUCGAUUUAUAAUCGGAUGAAUAAGAAUUGUGAUUCGGAUGUAAUCCAUUUUUUUGUGCACCCUUACUAAAUCGGUGGAUAUUGGCUCUCAACGACUAGGCAAGAUGCUAAUUUGUUCUCAGCAUUUCUCAAGUCCUGUGCUGAAAGAUACAGCCAUCCCGGUGAGAGCAGCCAUUGCAAGUGUUGUAUUCUAUUGUCGAUUAAAUCUAUAGCAGUAGUGCUAACUGCUAACGCGAGGACAAUGGUUUAGUGUUUGUCUAACGCUGAAUGUGCUAAGCACCUAGCUUCUAAAACUUGUAGCUCAUCCUUUGUAUAUUCAGGCUCAAAAAGACAAAGUUCUGAUCAUCAUUUGUUCCAAAAUUAGUCAAACACAGGAAGUGCUCUCUAUGUUGUUGUUGACGGAAGUAGUGUUAGUUGCUAGGCGCAGCACCGAGAGUGGACUCAGCCAAGCUAUCUCUAGAUAAUGUUGCAAUGUUCGAUGCCAACAAAGGAACCUACUCAAAAAACGCUCCAACGUACGUUAAGUAAGGCUCCAUUUUACCAAAAAUGCGCAAGUUUGAUGCUAGUGUAAAUUGGCUUUGCUAUUGACAUGCUACUAAUUAGCAUUAGCGAUUUUAACUUUUUAAUUUCCUAACCUCCAAAUUGGUUAAUAAAAACUACAACUAAGAUGCAUGUUACAAUCAAACAGCUGGAGCGUAAUAAGUACAAUACUUACAGUGUUAACACUUUGUAGGGCGCAGCAACAGACAGCAAAGAUUGAAAUGACCAACGCAUAAACUGUACACUACUGCCAUCUAAUGUCUUGGACCUGCAACUUUAAAUGUGAUAAUAAAACAGGAUAUAACAACUGCUUGUCAUAAUCAGCUCAUUUUUAAAAGUUACAAUAAAAAAAUAUAUUUUAUUAUUAAAAACAAUAUUUACUAACACACACAAAAGUACAGAAAAUGACUACAGUUGAUUACCGGUAUUAAUGUUGGUACCUUAUCGGUUCAAAGCGGUCCCUAUCCCUACUGUACAUUCAAACUUUCAGCAUGUUUAUAAAAACUUGUUGGAGGUUUUUUGGGUUUCUGCGGGUCAUUAAAAAACAUUAAAAGUUAUUAAAUGAAUAUUGCAAAAAUUACGGCCUCAAAUGGCAUUAAAAAACAUUAAAUGCUAUGUCCUGAGGCAUUAAAAUAAGUUCAUACAAUUACAAUUGGCAAGAAAGACAACAAAACAAACCACCUGACCCAGUUUUUUCAAUUCGGGGAAAAAACUGCACUUUAUGAUGUUCAAUAUUUAUUUAAGUGCGAUUUUUGCUGACAAAUAUUGAGUCCAUUUUAGUUUGGUGUAUGUUUAAUUUUUUAAGACAAUUAGGUUAUACACAUUCCAAUUACAAUUGUACAAAAUACUACAGUAAUGAAAAAUAUGUUUAUUGCGUUUGAAAGGGUUACUUGCUUUAUUAUUAUUGUAUAUUAUGAUUACAAUAUUGCUUAAGUUCGUGUAAACUUUUUAACUGCUCACAAUGUUAUCGACACAGACAACUGUAUGUUUUUGACUAUAAAUAUUUGCAAUCUGUAAUAGGACAUAGGCAUUUAAAUUGUUCUAAGUUUAAAAAACAACAACAUUAAAUUAGAUUUGCUGAUACCUUCAUAAACCCUGGUUUUGUUGUUAGCCCUCUCUUGCUAGCAGUUUUUCACUAUUUAGAACACAGGAAAGAGAAAGACGUGUUCUUGUCCUACGUAAGGAUUUUGGAUGAUGGCAAAAAUUAUAAAAAAAAUUUAAAAAGUGCAUUUUUCCUUAAAGUCCUCAGGGUGCAAACGUAGUACAACAAGGUUCUAUGGUCUUAACAGAGGUGGUCCUCGGGUUGUACGAAUGGGUUACGUUUCAAGUCUUAUCGGACAUAAACCCUUCUCUCGUUUUACAUUUUAACAUUUCAAAUACAUUUUUAGCUUUAAGGAUGAAUAAAAGGCUCACUGGGAUACAGCCUUGACUCUGCACUAGCAACCUUAUAUUGUCACAUUUUUGAGGAACAGAUCCUUGAAAAAGUAAAGGCUACUAUGGGUGUCAAAAACAAUCGAUUUUCAGAUUAAUCGCGAUUCUUAUUUGUAAUGAUUUAAUUUAUUCAGAAAAAUAUAUCAGAGCUAUUUAUUUUAUGAAGGAACAUUACUAAAAAAGUAUUAAUUUUGAAUGGGGAAUCGAUUCUGAAGUGAAUUGUUACCCCAAGAAUCUAAUCGUGUGGUGCCGAAAGAUUCACAGCCCAAAAGGCUACUGUCCUUAUCCUUGAUGAUAGUCUCGACAGUUGAUAUCAAAGAGCUCUUUAUGACAUAAUCACUUCAAUGCCAAUGGCUUUCCUUUCUUUUGGCACACUGCUACCGGAAGACCCUGCCUCACAGUUGGGAGACAAUACCUAAUAAAACUUUAACUCAUGCGAUUAAUCACCAAACAUCAGUUACAUGAAAGGCGGCAGUGAUCUCGCGGGUAAAUUCCCCGCAGCUAAAACUCCAAAAAUGUAAAUCGUGCAAAGGUUGCUUUAUGCCAGCAAUUAGAUUGACAAAGUGAAAUUAAUUUAUGAUAAAUGCUCAUAACAUACAACGCAACGUAUUUCAAGCCUUCUUCUGAUAUCAUGUUGAUGAUUAAGGCUCACAUCUUAUGAAAACCUCCAUUUGAAAAUUGCUGAAAAUUAGAAUCUGAAAAAAACACAAACUCAAAUAUCAAAUUAUAUGUCAGUAAAAGAAUUUGAAGCGUGAAUCGAAAUUGCAUUUAAACUGAAUAAAAAUGGGGGUUCACUCCGUUUAGUUUUAUGAUUAACCACAUUUCUCGAUAAAAUAGAUCAACAGCUCUGAUAAAUGUCAAUAUUACUUAAAAGAAAACGUGUUUUGUUUGAUACAAUUCAACCCAACAUUUACUAAAGUGGCUUAAAAAAAUCGCAAUCAAU